GAGCACACCGGGGUGUAACCGAAGGGGAUCAGGCCCGAGGAUGGGAGGAGGGUCGGCCGGGGAUUUGUGAAGCCGAGCCGACCUGCUAAAGUAAACUGCGGACGGGGAUCCACCUGCGGCACGCCCCCGGGCAGCUGGAACAAAUAGCGGACCUCUGUCCUCCAUCCAGGUCAUCUGCUCCUGUGUCACACAACACUGUGGGAGACCGUGGAUGUGUCCGGAGAGAAGAAAGAGGACUGGAUCAUUUUGUGUGUCAGGCGUUAUGAGGCAGGGUUCAGUGGUCAGAGAGUUGUGAGGUUGGUGUCGUGAUUCCAACAUGGAGGCGAAGAAGGAUGCUUCCUCCAGCCCCGCCUGCUACAGGAGCACCGUCAUCGCCUUCCUCCUCUUCUUCCUCCUCAUCGGGGUGUUUGUAGGCCUGUUCAUUGGCUACAUGGUGCAGGAGCAGCAUUCCUUCAUGGAGACGGUGGAGCUGAAGGGUCUGAAGUACAACCAGUCUCUUCAGGAAAAGAACUCUGCGUUCUCCAUCGUUCUGACCUCAGUCUUAAAGUCAAAGAUUAAAAAGGUCUUCACUGCCUCGUCCAUAUCAAAUCACUACGUCGAUUCGAGUAUUGUUGCCUAUGGUAACUUUAACGAGGAGGUGAUGGCGACCUUCCGGCUGGCCUUCAGGGUCGCCAAAGUUCAGCAGUACUCCGACAGCUUCGUCCAGGACCUGCUGAGAGCUGGCCUGGGAUCAGUGAUGCACGGCCAACCUCUGGAGGUGCCGGGGUUCGGAGAGAUCCACGCUAUCAUCUUACUGGGAGCCAGUGGGAAGUCAUUCUAUUCGAUUGGAGAUGAGAUGAAUGCCAGGUGUCCUGACAACACGUUCACCUGUGAUAACGGAGAGUGUGUCACCGAGUUAAAUCCAGAGUGUGACUUCACCCCCGACUGUGCCGACGCAUCGGAUGAAGCCCGAUGUGCCUGUGGUACUCGUCCGGCGAUGGGCAGUCGGGUGGUGGGGGGCGAGGACGCCCGGCACGGGGAGCUGCCCUGGCAGGUGAGUCUGCGGCUGCACGGACGCCACACCUGUGGAGCCUCCAUCAUCAGCGAGCGGUGGCUGGUCAGCGCCGCCCACUGCUUCGAGAGGGACGACGACCCCUCAGAGUGGACGGCCCUCGUCGGGGCGCGGCUCGUGAACGGAGACGAGUCCGAGUCCAAGAUCAUCCGCAUCAAGUCUCUGGUGGUGUCUCCGGACUACAACCCGAUGACCACGGACAGCGACGUGACGGUGCUGGAGCUGGAGACCCCCCUCACCUUCAGCUCCUACGUGCAGCCCGUCUGUCUGCCCUCCCUGUCUCACGUGUUCUCCCCCGGGCAGAGAUGCAUGGUGUCCGGCUGGGGGGCCCUGCACAUGUACAACUUGGAUGUUCCCCCAGUGCUGCAGAAGGCGGUGGUGAAGAUCAUCGACUCCAAAGUGUGCAAUAAGUCUGCGGUGUACAGAGGAGCAGUGUCUCAGAACAUGAUGUGCGCCGGCUUCCUGAAGGGCAAGGUGGACUCCUGUCAGGGUGACUCUGGGGGGCCUCUGGUGUGUGAGGGGGCCCCGGGGCGGUUCUUCCUGGCUGGGGUGGUGAGUUGGGGAGUGGGCUGUGCUCAGAUCAACCGGCCGGGGGUCUACUCUCGCAUCACAAAGCUCCGCAACUGGAUCCUGAGUCACACCGACCCCAGCCUGGUGCCUGACUUCCCUCAGUCUGUUCCCACUGUACCAGUGACUGUGACUGAGGGGGGCUUUAAUCACCCACCAGUACCCCGGACUGCCGCUGUGGAAGUGACCCCUGCACCAACACUCAAUGUCAUGAACUGCAGUGGAAACUUCCAGUGCAGCGCCACCGCCUGCAUCAGCAAGGUCAACGCGGAGUGUGACGGCGUCUCAGACUGCGCUAACGAGGCGGACGAGAGAAACUGUGACUGCGGCCUACGUCCUGCGUUGGGCUCCCAAAGGAUUGUGGGAGGAGUGACAGCUCGUAGGGGGGAGUGGCCGUGGAUCGGCAGCCUGCAGUACAAGAGACUGCACCGCUGUGGCGCCACUCUCAUUCACAACAAAUGGUUAAUCACUGCGGCACACUGCUUCAAAAGUGACGCCAGCCCCUCUAACUGGGCCGUGAGUCUGGGGUCUGUGCUGCGCUCGGGGAUCGGAGCGCUGGUGAUCCCCAUCCAGAGGAUCGUCAUCCACCCGGCCUUCAACGGCUCCACCAUGGACCACGACGUGGCUCUGUUGGAGCUGGCGGUCCCAGCCCCCAUGUCCUACACCAUCCAGUCCGUCUGCCUCCCCUCCCCCGUGCAUCGCUUCCCCAUAGAGGCAGAGUGCUACGUCACAGGCUGGGGGUCCAUGAGGGAGGGAGGCUCGUUGACCAACAUGCUGCAGAAGGCUGCAGUGAGCAUCAUCGAGCAGGCAGACUGCAAACAGCCGUACAGAGACGCUCUGACUCCUAACAUGAUGUGUGCCGGAUACAUGGAGGGAGGAAAGGACACCUGCUGGGGUGACUCUGGAGGCCCUCUGACCUGCCGGGAGCCGUCCGGUCACUGGUUUGUUGCCGGAGUCACCAGCUGGGGACAUGGCUGUGGACGAAGUGGUUUCCCGGGGGUUUACACUCGUACGACGUCGGUCCGGAAAUGGAUUUCUACAUACCUGCCUUUCUGAAGAAGGCGAAGAAAAGGUGCUGAAAAUAUGACACGGAUACAGAGGAUUUUCCUUCAAUAUCUCCUUAAAAGAUGUACUGUAUGAAGGACUAAAGUCAUGCUAAUAAGCCACUCAUUGAUAGUUUCCUCGGUGUUGACCCACGUGACCUUCUGGUGCUGUUUGUAAUACUGUGCGGUCAUCUGAACUGGGACUAUCAUCGUCUUUAAGGAGAACACUGAGGCUUAUGGACAUUUUGCUUGCACAUGCAUUCAAAAUAUUUAUUUCAGUUAUUUAUUAUUUUUCCGAUUGGUAAACUUGAUUUUCAUGGUGCAUUUUUAUUUUCAUUUUGUGUGGGGUUCAGAAUAUAAGGUGGUUCAUUUAUGGGUUGUCUUUUUUUGUAUAUUCUCAUAAAAAAGACAAAGAUGUCAAUGUAAGAUUUGUGAGUGAAAAGUGGGUUUCUGGGGAAAAUAUAUUUGGAAUCGGAUUCCAAAUAUAUCGGAUUUGAAGUUUGUUUGCUAAAUUCCUAGUUUAUUUGUUGAUGUAGACACUUGGACUCAAGAGAGGAUUUUGGUUGAUGAGAUUUAUUGAUUACUUCUUGAAAAUGGUUCCUUUUUCUCACUAUCACUGAAAGUAGCUGUAGUGUCUCUCUACAUAAAGGAAGGAAGAUUGUGGUUCCGAGACAUCUGACAAGCCACACACACACACUCCUGAAACAAGCCCACCUCUGUGGAGGGGGCAGAUAGAGUGACAACUAGAAAACAGGUCAGACAAAACAGUUUUGUUCUCCAGGCGUACUUUGAUAUCCGUCUGUUUGGAGGCUUGUGAAUGUCAGGUUCACGGUUGUGAAAACACCAAGUUGCUCUACAAGUCUUCCUUUCUCAUUUUAAGUAGGUCUUUUAAAGAAAAGGCAUGUCAAGGAAAGCCUGGGGGGGGGGGUAUUAUUGUCGUGCUGCUUGUUCUCCUGGCACAAUUGUUUAGUCUCUCCGGGCAUAAUAAACACAAUGAAAUAAUGGGCACACUGAGCAGUUUUAUGGAGCCAUUGUGGCGAUUGAAAGUCCUGUUUAAAUCACAGUUAUCAUGUGCCCCAACUUGCACACACAGAUUUCACCUCAAUUGGAAGGCAGCAGGGUGUCAGUGUUUCCAUUGAAGCCCCACUGUAGCUAAAACAUGUUAUGUUGCUCCAAAAAGCCAUCGUGCUGCUGUUGACUGAUUUUAAAGGGUGCCACAAUCUAACUACAGCUGUAACAAUUAAUCGACUACUUUAUUAGUCUAUCCAAAGGAAAAUAACCGCCCAAAACGUUGAUAAUUAUUCCUUUUUAAUGCAAAAGUGGCAACAAUUCUGUUUUACUGCCCUUCAAAUAUGGAGAUUUUAUCUUUACUGUGUACCGUCAUACUAUAGUAAAGAUAUUUGGGUUUUAGACAAAACAAGACAUUAAAAGGGAUGGCACUUUUUCAAUAUUUUGACAUUUUAUAGACCAAGUGAUUAAUCUAGAAAAAAACAAAGUGUGAGUUUCAGCCCUGAUUCCAAAACAGUACAUUUAUUUUUUUCAUCUGCAUACAUUAUUGGAACAUAUCCCAGCAUGCACUGCUCGAGAUAUGGGGUACACUUGGACAGUGGUCAGACAAUUACAGGUUUUACUUGGAGACACAUUCACACUUAUGUUCACUCCAACUGGAAAUGUCCAAUUCUCAUCAAUUACAUAAAGUAUGCAGGUGCAUGUUUUAACAAUGUACGUAUUAACCAGAGGAUGAAUUACUCAUAACAUAAAAACACAUUUAAUCAAACUUUAUAACAGCUCCUCGGAGCAAAAGGAAAAUGUCCAUAGAGACUUUGUUAUGGCUCGAGUCCACCGGCUCUGCUGCCUCUCUGUGAGGUAUCGUGAUGAUGGUGAUGAUGUUCUGCUGCAGCCACACACACACACACACACACCUGUGAGUGUGCACAGCUGCAGCCUCCAGUGGAAACACACCUGCUGCUCCUCACUGUGAGCAGCGCAGGGAGGAAGGGACGGGUGCAGAGAGAGGCGUUCACAUGCGAGCUCUUUCCUUCUGUAGUCUGGAGUUGUAUGUUCGGGACACCGUGUUCCAGGCGUCCAUAUACCGGUCCAUACACAUGGCAAUGCAUUUCUGUGAGGACAAGAGCAGACACAUUACAAAUCAAUUGUGAUCAUUUUAAAAGAAUGCAACAAAUUCAGCCCAGUAUUCCCUUGAAAAACAAUUGGGUCUAUAAUGUUGUGCUGGGCAAUGUAUCAGUACAACAUCAUGUUACAAGACUUUGUGUCGUCUUAUAUUUUGAUAUUGUAUUAAUUUCAAGGUAUGAAUUUAACCCAGACUAUUGUAGCUCUUCUGUUAUUUACCUUUAGGCAUUGUAUCCACAUUACUAAUGAUUAUUUAUCAUUUGUCUAAUUUCUGUAAGCACCAAUAGUCAAUCCUACAAUAUCGAUGUUUAAGAAUAUGAAUACAGGCAUUCUAUAAACAAAAUAUAUUUGUUGUUCUCCAUAUUCCCUAGCCCUACUAUAAUGUAUUAGUUGACCUAUUACAAAAUUACUUGUUUUGUCAAAAAUCUGUGGAUUCCUUUCACUAUCAUGAAAAUUAAAGUAAAGCAGUGGAUCCUGUUUUGAGAUGAUCAAAGCUGAGAGAAAUUAAUACUGGUUUCAGUCAAUUCCUAGAUAUCUUUGUUACAUCUUAAAGCAUUACACACCUGCUCAGAGUUGUCCAGCGAGCUCCCAGGUUUCCCUAUGCACUUCUUGAAGCAUUUGUCUGUCAUUCUCUGAAACACAAACACAUUGUUUAUUAGCAUGCCUUACUAACAGCUGACAGUUCCCAUCAUCUGUUGGUGGGUAGUUGACCUUCUGUAGGUGAAAUGGUCAAAUCACUACACACAUUUAUACUGUUUUAGGUCAAAGUCGACUUAUUGUUUGUUUAGGUUUUAGUCUAUAGAUUUUUUAAUGACUUAUAUUCCAAGAAACUCAUCCUCAAAGUUUUGCUUUUGGAAAAGUCUUACAAAUGUUUCAAUUGAACAAAGUCAUCGAUACAUCUACAAAAUGUGCUAGUUUACUAGGAAAUGAUUCAGUCGAGGUCAGCCCUAGGUUAAAGAGAUUAAAGGUGAAAUGUUUUUGCACAUUGAUGUUACAUUAUGUCAAAGCAAUUCCAUUCAUACUGCUGUUUCUAUCAAGCUUACUUCAUUAACAUAUCAAUUACAAUAUCUUCAUGAAACGUUGUGACUUGACUCAUAAUGGUGUAUAACACCCCAAAUAAAUGUAUCUAUUAUUAUUAUUAUUAUUAUUAUCUACAUAACGUAACUCUACUAAGUGAAGUGUUAGCUUGUUAGCUUAGCAUGUUCUCCAUUGGUUUACCUGCAGCAGCUCCUGAGCGUUAGCCACCGCGAUCUGCACUUUAACUUGCUCCAUGAUGGUCCCGGUGUCCACUUUCCCCCCAGCCCCACCGGCAGAGAAGUCUGAACUGUAGCCUUCCAUUUCUACCGUAAACGUUACCGAAAACUGUAGCUUUCUCGGUGUUUUUAGACACACGUGCGUACAGUUACCUUUAGGUUUGGCUAACGUUAGUUUUCAGUGCCCUUGACAGCGGCGGAAGUCUGCAUACAUCACUUCCGCAUAAGGGGAUUCCGAUUUUGGGAAGUGUAGUUUUUUGACAGCUGGUACGAUUGAGGCACAGUUCUUAUACAUCCAUGUUGCCCACGCGGUGGUGCUAUACUCUAAUAAUGGAUAACACUAUUCAACUUUAAUGAAAGGAAUUAGAGUCCUUUGUGUGCUACCAAUACAUGAUAUAGAUUUUCUUUCCAUAUCAUUCCAUAUUUUAAUGCACAAAUUGUUUGAUUAUGAGAUGUAAUACAAAAUCAAGCAUCUGUUAGCAUCUGUUAGUUAUCUGAUUGUUCAUUACUGAUUGCAACGCUAUGCAUAUUAUGUCACUGCAUUGUAAAUCAAAAAUGUGAUGUCCAGCAAGUUAGGGGCCAUUUUGGGACUGUCUGCAUUGACUCUUACGAAAAUAAUUGUAUUGUAAUUAUUAACAAACCAAUAUAUGCCAAAAGAAAGUGAUUUGUUGUCAUGUCCACAACAAUUACAGAGAAGCAAUCUGCAAUGAAUUCUCUGCAAAGACCCCAGGCUCUCUUCAACCAUGUUGUAAAAAAUAAAAAUAAAUAAAUGAGUGAACUUGAA